AUGGAUCUCAAGUCAUUGUUUGGUAUAGCUUUUGUCUGCAUUGUCGUCGCCGGCGUAGGAGGCCAAGCUCCUGCAACAUCUCCUACCUCAACUCCGGCAACACCGUCUCCUCAUGCCACUCCUUCUGCUUCUCCACCUAGUACUACCGUCGCUUCUCCGCCAACCACCACUGCCACGUCACCAACAGUGUCUCCUCAUACCACUCCUGCUUCUCCACCUAGUACUACCGUCGCUUCUCCGCCAACCACCACUGCCACGUCACCAACACCACCUCCAACGGCAUCGCCAUCUCCUACAGUUUCAUCUCCACCACCGGCCAAAACUCCAACCGCCGCUCCGCAGACACCCACGCCACCAGCGCCGGUGGCCACUCCUGCUUCCUCUCCACCAGCUACUCCGCCAGUGAGCUCACCAACACCGGCUACUCCUCCUCCGGCACCAACCAGUCCUCCACCACCUCUGGUACCUUCACAUCCACCGUCUGCUCCUUCACCUGCACCACUCGCUGCUCCUCCAGCCGAGGUUCCAGCUCUGGCACCUAGCAAGAAGCCAGUAUCUCCGACGCCAUCUCCAUUGGCAACUAGUCCUCCUGCACCACCGACUGAGUCUCCGGCGCCGAGUCUCGGAACAAUUUCACCUGCACCAUCAGCGACUGAUCGGGAUCCAAAGGAAGUGCUGGGCUUUGUGGGGGUGCCCUAG